GACAUCGACAUCGCGGAGCCUCUUUUCAUAAAGAAUCCUUGAGAAAAUAGCGCCGACAUAUAGUUACGGACUAAGCCUAUUCCUCAUCGAUUCCUCAUCGUUCCUCAUCCUUGAUACAUGCGUCCUUUCCCAUCAAAUUCUCUCGCCCGCCGGGAGCGGACAUCGACGUCGGCCAUCUAGGCUGUGGUUCGAGAACUAGCUGGAUUUCAAUAUCUUUGCGGGGAGCGGGGCAGCUGUGGGGGAAAGUACUGAGACAAGCGGGAAAAGUGUAUUCCGGGCCCUCUUAUUUACAGCUGUGAUCAGAAACGAAACCACCCUCACCUUCGCAAUGUUGCUUCCAUCUCACGCUCUGCUUAGUCUGCUUCUACCUCUUCUCGCUACGGCCCAUUCGUCUCCCAAGACCUCAGAAGAAAGGGAGGUUCAACGAGCACUGCAGCGGGCAGCCUAUCACUGUGCCCCCGCUGUAGCCGAGUUUACUGCCCACCGGAAGAGAGCAUGGGCACAGAAGGUCUUGGCUGGCAACCCCUCGCUUCCUGCAUAUCAAGACUUGUUUGCCGAUGGCACAUACGACGCAGAGCCUGGGCAGGAACUCAUGUCUUGCACCCCAGUCACUGAGGAAGCCAAGAUGGAAAACAACACUUGUGUUUUAACUCCAAUCGUCACGGAAGGACCCUACUACCAUAAGGUCGGCCAUCCGAUACGCCAGAACAUUGCGGAAUAUCAGAUCGGUGUACCUCUUCUCCUCGAUAUUGGUGUCAUCGACGUCGAGACAUGCAAACCUCUUCCAAAUGUCCUCGUCGAUAUCUGGCAUGCUAACGCUACGGGUCACUAUGCUGGGCACCCCGAGCCUACGUUUGAGCUUCGCGAUGAGAAGCCUCAGGUUGGCGGAAAGCGGAACGGACUGCUGAGCGCGUUCCCUCGGACGAAGCCUGCAGAGACGUUCUUGCGCGGCGCUUGGCCGACCAAUGAGAAUGGCAUUGCCCAGUUUUCGACGAUAUUCCCAGGAUACUAUACAGGACGCGCAACACAUAUCCAUACCAAAGUCUUCCCUAGCUGGACUCCCCUUCCAAACGGCACAUUCGAAGCUGGAAAACUUGUCCACGUCGGUCAAUUCUUUUUCGACGACGAGAUAAACGUACAAGUUGACAAAAUACAUCCCUAUACGACGAAUCCCAUCAAAGACACAGUUGGUCGCACGCGUAACUGGCGCGACUCUCUUAACAUCUUUGAGGAUUCUCAUGGUCCAGAGGGCAAAUAUAACCCGGUUUUCAGAUUGGAAAUGCUCGGCGGAGUUUUUAACCAGGGCUUUGCUGGAUUCAUUACGAUGGGUGUCAAUACCAGCGUUGAGGUUGACAACUGGUGGAAGGGCUAAUAUUUGUCUUCAUCACCGUUCGAAUAAAAUCG